AUGGUACUGGGCUUGGUAAAUCUGUACGGAUGCACGUCUGUGUUGGUCGUGUCAAAAUCUGCAAUAUGGUGGUCCCAUUUUUGGGAGCUUCCUGGCUUUCUAGCCUUGUACGAUGAGGAAUCCCCGAGCGAUGGAUGGUACAACACCUGGGAUGAACCAUUAGAGGAUGAGGAAGAAGGCAACCCGAGUAUCUUUCGAACCUACGUGCUCGACGUUUUGGAGUCAACGAAGAGCUGCUCUAUGGAUGAGGAGCCCAAGAGCUUUUUGAGUCUGGCAUGCCACGUCGACAAGGCCUUCGCGGAAGGCGAAGAGCCACGAGUCAUCGUUAUCACCCCUAGGUCUUUACACGGUUCUGAGCUAGCGUACCCGAAUCAUAUCAACGCCAUCCGAAGCGUCUUGAGAGACAACGUUUUCAAAGACGUCAGUGAAUAUGAUGACAACCAUGUGGUAGUUGUGGCAUACGACCGCAGACUGGGUGAGGAUCCAAACGCGAACCCACCCCAUGAAGGAGGCGAUCCAGAAAAGUAUUCGUGGCUGGAUGGCAAAUUCAUGCUACAGUUCGAUCCACAGCAUGAGCCAGACAGGGCUGCAUUGGAGUUAUGGGCCGAACAGAACCGUGAGCAUCACAACUACAAGCCCACCGACAACUACGCCGAGCAACGUUUAUACAACCGACGCGUCUUCUUUCGCAACGAUCGUGACUCCACUAGCUUCAAGUGUACCGAGACCCGGUAUUAG